GUUACCUGAUACUUUGUAUUUCGACGACUACAACGAACUACGACGAUGGUUAGAUACAAUAGCGUAUUGAUUAACAUUCGCUUAGCGACAAUAAUAAAUAGAGUUGUUUUUCGAGCUGAAUUUACGAUAUUUUUAAAUUCGUAAACAAUCGCGUAUUCGGAAUACGAAGCGAUGUAAACAAAAAGCGAUUUGUGUAUAAAUGCGCGAGUAUGUGUGUUACAGAUAUUAUGUAGGUAUGAUUUAUUUGUGUUGUUGUUAUUUUGGUGUAAUAUCCAGUACAAAGUAUAUAGUUCUACGUUGCUGAGUUUAAACGUCGACUGCGACGACGACGAAGACGAGGAAUUUUCGCAAUAAUGUCAAAACCUCAACCAGAUCCGGUCGUGCAUUGGAUCUGCGGAUCGCCAUUUUUGGCCAUCGACGAGAAAAUGAAAUUAAACCUAAACGAAUUCUACAAAUCGGGCCUGAACGCUUCAGAAGGGGGCAACGCGAGCGAAUGCGAAUCAUGCCUAGAAGAUGGUCGAAGAACUUUGGAAUUCGAGAAAAAAGGCCCUUACCCUUUCCGCUUGUACACACCGCCUGAAAACGAGCCCAAAUGUCUAGCCAUAGAUGUACUCUUCAAAGACAGCGUUGUUUCUGUGGCUGAAAUAAAAUUCCAAAAUUACUACACCGCUUAUGUGACGGUUCUGAUGAAGCUGGAAAAUUCGCGAGGAUGGAGGACGAUGAUCGAUCAUCAUCAAUUGAUGCCUUAUCCUCAUUUCGAAACCGGAUCCAGAUCGUAUUUUAAAUUCUGUCCCACGUCACCGGAUCAAGAGCCGUGGAGUAACGUAACCGAGAUCAGAUUCGUGCUCAGGCAACCGUCUCCGAAUUGGAAACGUUUUUGUAUUGAAAAUUUGAGAAUUUAUAAAGAUACCGGACGCAGAGGCGAUCUAGCCGGCGAGGAAGCUGCGACCACUUCGCUGGACAAAAAUUACCUAACCGGUUUGAUUAGGAAAACAACGGAGGCGCUGAAAAUGGAGCAUAAAAACGAUAAAAACAGUUCGACGAUUCCGUUCCAUAUUGGAACGUACGGAUAUGAAAUUGAUAAAUUAAUUAGAUUCUGAGAGCGUAUAAAGUGUGUGUGUGUGUGUGUAGACUGUAAUGUGUAUUAUGAGAUCGCGUGUAUGGUGUUGGUUUUUCUUUCCUAUGUAGGUAUUAUUAUUACUGCUGUCGAUGCUAAUGCUGCUGAGACGUUUGUUUGAAUUGAAAUGGCGAACGUUGGUUUGAUAUGCCUAUCGUACCAAGUUUUUUUUUUUAUGUGCGAAAUCGAACGACGAAUACGUAAUAUGAAUACCGUAUAGUGUACCUAUAAUAAAACUUUACGAGUUAUGGUAGCUUUAAAGCUUCCUGCGUCUUGUGUAUUUUAUUGUGAUUUUUUCCCUAUUUUUAUUUUUUAUUUUACAGCUGUAGCCUGUGUAUCGUGUACAAUAUACGAGAUUGAUGUUGGCCUAAUUUGGAAAGUCGGUUAAUAGAGUGGGAUUUCGAUGACUUCGACGUUGCUAGUGGUUAUUCGUUGUCUUCUUCAGCCACUGAUUGGAGCUAAUAUGGAGAAUAUUCGACGACGAUUGUAUCGUACACCUUAAAGGAACGUACACACGAUCCAAUAUAUUUGACAAACUCGAUUUGUCAAAUCAAAUUGAAUUUAAUCAAACAUAUUUGGUUGUGUGGACGCUCUGAUGAUGUCUUUCUCGA